AUGAACGAUAUAGCUGCAUUGUCUAAUGAAAUUUUUGUAAUGUGCGGCCAUUUGGCCGUUGAAAUGAAUAUGAUUCCACUUGCGUUGGAGCUUGUUGGGAAAGUGCUUGCUAAGAGUCCUGGAGAUAAGGCAGCGCUGUUGCUGUUGGCGAAGAUUCAUCUGUUGAGGAAAGAGUAUGGGGAAGUAUUGGAGGUGCUUGGAGAAGGCAGGAACGACGUGAGACUUUGUGCCAUCUUUUCGCUUGCAUGCUACAGGCUGGGACUGUACGAUCGUGCGGCGGAAGCGAUGAGGCAUGGCAAAGGCGGUGAAGAGGAAGACGUGGAGCUGGAGUUGAACCUGAAUAUCUUGCAAUGUAGGAUCUUGCUGCUGGCAGACUUGCAGGAGAAUCCGCUGCAAGCGACGGUUCCUCAGUUCGAAAGGACGCUGGAGCUGACUCAGCUGUACAGCGUGCCGACUUUGCAUCUGGAAGCGUUGCUGACCAGAGCUCAGUUGUUCGAAAAGAGUGGCGAUUGGGAGAAGUGUUUUUUCGACCUGGAGGAUUGCAUAACCAUUUUGCAGAACCAAGAGGCCAUGACCCAUUUCCACAUCAGGGAUUUCCUUUACAAGACUACCUUUGCGUACCUUUACAAAAUCUUCAUUCAAGAGAAGAUACAUCAAGAGUCCGAGCCAGCAGAUCAACUAUUCCAGGAGUGCUUCAAGUUCCCGCAUACCAUCGAGACCCUCCACAUGCUGACCGUGGCUCGCGGUAUAUACAGUGCGAUCGUGGGCGAAAAGCUGGACGUCGCAGACAUCCUCUCGCUGGCGUCGGCAGUCUCGGCUGAGUUUAAGCCUUUUGUGUAUUACAUCACUGCAAGGAUUAUAGUGGAGUUGGGCAGUCCGGAAAAUCUGCACCGUGCCUCUGAGUACUACCAACUGUCGUUGGAGUUGGACUCUUCGAGAUCCUAUGUGUGGAUAUCUCUGGCAUCGCUGCAUCUCAAAUUAAGGCAAAUUCCAGACGCACUGUUUGCGUUUUCCAAAACAGUUGAACUGCUCGGUUCCUUGGAUGUACAGCAAUACUCGAUUUCAAGACACUCUUACGUAGAGCGGGAAGACGACUUGAAUGCAUUGUCCUGGUUCGGUAUGGCACAGGCUUAUCUCAGCACGAACAGCAUCGAUAAAUCACUCGAUGCACUACAGAAGGCUAUUAACUUCUUGGGCAGCAACGAACUUUUGGAAAGGCACACCCUGGAUGAGUUUGGUGAAAUUUUACGCUCAGAAGAUGUAGCAGCAAUAGAAUUAUUGAAGGAAAAUAUGAUUUUGCCUGAAAUACCAUUAGAGUUUUUCCUCAAUCCAAUUUUCUACUUAGAGGAAACUCAGGUGUUUCAAGUAGAAUCAAGGCUGGAAAGAAGUUCAUCACUUCUGCCCAAAUUCAGCUCUUAUAACAAACUCCCAAAUAUCAAUUCAGACUACAGGGCUAACAAUAACCAUAGUGCUAACAAGAAACCCAAAAAGAGAUCUAUGAGAAAGAUUUCUGAGGGAAUCAAGACCACAAAGUUCAGGAACAAGAAAAAAAAUGAUAUCUUCAGAAGAGCCAACCUUUCCAUUUCAAAGGGUGAUAAAAACUAUUCAAAUCCGGGCAGGAAAAAGCACGAAUCAUGCAAAUCAUCAAUUCAUACAUCUAGUCCUAAUCACAGCCAUCAGCAUAAUUACAAUCUCGAAACUAAUGUUAUUGGAGUCCCCAUUUCCAGUGGGCAUAACAGCAUCAACACGAGCCUUGACGACAAUAGUCACGCUAACACAGGUCGUAUCAUGCCUCAAGUCAUUCAAACUGCAGGUUUAUCCCCUGAUCAACAGCAGCAUUUUGGUUAUUUAUAUCAGAGUGAUGAACAAAAUCAACCUAAUCAAGUACAUCAGCAUCAUGAAGCCGCACCUCAUAGCUAUCCAGCUUUCAUUUCAUCGCAUAAUCCUGGCAUUUAUCCUGCAUCAUAUUCACAUCUUAUUCGACCCGUCGGCUUUUCUGCAUCUCCGUCAUUCUAUUACCCACAACAAUCCAUUGAAGAGGUCUUUAGAAACAAUUCGAAUGGUUUAGGCGAACAGGGCUUAUCACCGAACUUUGGACCUCCUGUAAUUAUGCCACCAUUUCCGAAUCCAGUUUACAUCCCCGAUGGAGUAAGGUUCUCUGCAAGUUCAUUACAACCUACAAUCAUACCAUUGAUGACUUCUCAGCAAUCUCAGCAAUCGCGGUACCCAUCCGCAGAGGGUAAACAUGCAGACGUGAUUACAUAUACCGAAGAUAGCUAG